AUGAUUUAUCUUAUAAUCAUAUUUUUAUUAUCGUUUAAUUGUUAAAAAAUAGAAUCAAAAGAUCAAACAUGUAACCAUUAUUAUAAGUUAAAGAAUUUUAUAAGCGAUUAAAUGAAAACGUCAACUUUUAUUGUGAGACUGGUUACAUUAAUGUUGAUGAUGUUACUAAAUCAGAAAAUAAAUUAUUUUAUCAUUUAUUUUUAAAGUAAGGUAUAUAGACUUUAGAACAGAUAAAAAAAGAUGAUAACUUUUUAUUAUGGAUUCCUGGAGGUCCUGGUUCUGCAGCUAUGAAAUAUGCAUUUAAAUAUACAGGACCUUUCAAAGUUAAAGAAGGAAAAUUAAUUUUAUGGGUAAGAUUACUUUUUAUUAAUUUUACAGGAUUAUUUAAUUAAUGAAUUCUCUCAUGUUUUGUAUAUUGAUAUGCCAUUUGGAUCAGGAUUCAGUUAUUCUACAAAGAAAGAUGUAGUAAAUAAUACAGAAGAAGCAGCUAAUUAUAUUUUAUAAUUUAUGGAAAUAUUUUUGGAUUCUCACAAAAUGUUUUAAAAGAUUAAUUUUCAUGUGGUUGGAAUCAGUUAUGCAGGACAUUUUGUUCCAAGAAUUGCCAUAAAAAUAGUUAAUUCUAAUUUAGAUUUGAAUUAUAGAGGAGUGUUUAUUGGAGGUUCUUGGACUGAAGCAUUAUCACAAUAUCGAAAUUAAGCAACAACAUUAAUUUCCUAUGGUCUUAUUGAUUAAUAUAGAUUUGAUUUUAUUAGAAAUAUAGAAGCAAUUUAAUAAAAUCUAAUGAUGGAAGAGAAAUAUUAUGAGGCUGCUACUAGCACUAUUGAUAUAACUUUUGAUUUAGAUUUCUUAGAAUAUUUUGAUCCUGAUAAUGUUUAUAAACAUACAAAUGAUCCAAAUGACAAUUCUUAUAUUUAAUUUUUAAUUGGAAAUAAGUAAUAAUAUGGUAUUCCUUCAAACAUUGCUUUUAAUCCAUCUAAUUUUACAAUAUUAUAAGCUUUUUAUGCUGAUACAUAUAUGAGUUAUUUAAGUGAUAUUGAAUUAUUAUUACAUAAAGGUAAAGUGAUGCUAUAUAAUGGAUAAUUCGAUUAUAAUAUAAGUCCAGCUGGAGUAUAAGUUAUGAUAAAUAAUAUUAAAAAUGAAAUAGUAUAAUUAUGGAAGAGAGAGAAAAAAAAUUAAUUUUAUUAUAAGGAUAAAUCUACUUAAGAAUUAAUGAUAGGUGGGACUAUCAAAUAAUAUAAAAAUUUUGCAUUUGCAAUUGUAUAUUAAGCUGGCCAUUUAACUUAACUUGAUUAACCUGGAUCAGCUUAUUAAUUGUUAAAAUAAUAUAUAGAUUUUUGA